AUGCACCACUUCUCAACUCAUGGUUACACAUUAUUUAGGGGUGAAAAUUAUGUCUUUUGGGGUGGUCGUGAGGGUUAUCAAACUCUUAUCAGUGCUGAUAUGGAGAGAAGGCUUGACCAUAUGACAUGGUUUUUUGAAGCUGCAUUAGCCUAUAAAAAGAAGAUUGGAUUCAUUGGAACCCUUAUUGAGCCCAAGUCUCAAGAACCCACAAAGCACCAUAGGUGUGGUUGGGAUGCUGUCACAUCUACUAAAUUUUAAGGAAGUAUCGCCUUAUAGAAAAUUGGUGCAGACCCGUUAAAAUAUACCAACAGAUCCUAAAAGUCAUCGCAGACGACGGAUGAAUAUAAGAGAUUUUACUUUAUUCGAGUAUUUUAUUUUUAUUUUUUUGUAUUAAAAUUGCAUUUUAUGCUUUUGCUAUGUAAUUCACAUCUAACCCAUGCAAAGCAUGGGCACCUACACUAGUUAAUAAUAAUAACAAGAAUAUUUUAAUUAAAAA